AUGGCGAAAGUGAAUAUAAGUGACGUCGAGGUUCUUGAUAAUCCUGCAACUUUCUUCGAUAAAUUCAAAUUCAAAAUAACAUUUGAGUGCUUUGAACCUCUUGAUGAUGAUCUCGAAUGGAAGGUUGUCUACGUUGGCAGUGCUUAUAAUUCCAGUCUUGAUCAGACUCUAGACUCUAUUCUCGUCGGUCCAAUUCCUGUCGGCAGACAUCAAUUUGUUUUUGAAGUCGAUCCUCCAGAUCCUGCUAAAAUCCCUACCGAAGAUAUUGUUGGCGUUACUGUCGUACUUAUUCAAGCUCUCUAUCAUGAAAAGGAAUUCAUUCGAAUCGGUUACUAUGUUAGUAAUGAGUACAAAUCUGAGGAAUUAGCCAAUGAACCCCCUGCAAAGCCAUUGCUUGACGAGCUCAGGAGGACAGUUCUGACAACAGAUCCCCGUGUAACUCGAUUUCCCAUAGACUGGGGAGACGGCUUACUUGAUGGAAUGCCUGAGCCUGAGGUGAAUGAGGAGGAAGUUAUGGAUGAAAAGGACAUGGUUGUCAGUGGAGAAGGCACUACAUCAACGGAACAGGAAGUUGGAGAAAGUACCGGGGACAAAAGCCAAGUGGAUGCUGAUGAUGAUGGCGACGACUCCGAGGAAGGUUCUGACGAUAACGAGGCUGAUCUUGAUGAAGACCCUGCUGCAGAAAUCGAUUUGGAAGCUAUUGAUGACGAAGCAGAUGCGAAAGAAGACCUGAUGUCUGAUGAGGAGGAGGAUGAUGAUGAAGAGGAUGGGGAUGAAUCUCCUUCUGAAGAUGAUGCUGCAGAAGGGGAGGAAGUGGAGGAAAUUUUGGAUGAAUUGCAGGAAGGGGCUUAUGAGAAUGAUCGGAAUGUGGGUUUUGAACCCAUGGACACCGAUACUUCAUUGUCUAAAAGUCAUAUGGCCUCAUCUGAACCCGUUGUUAGCUCAACUAAGUCUCCUUUAAAGCAACUCUAA